AUGAGUCGGAGUGAAGCUGAAUCAGCCGGUUUGUCACCUGUCAUAAAUGAACCAACCAUCUCUACCGGGAAUUACCGAACCGGUUUAGCUGCGAGAGAUUCAAAGAUGUCUCCGGAGAAUUCGUUCGGUGCUGUCGUUCUCGGAGGUACGUUUGAUCGAUUACACGAUGGGCAUCGAACUUUCCUCAAGGCAGCGGCGGAGCUGGCUAGGGAUCGAUUAGUGGUGGGAGUAUGUGAUGGUCCAAUGUUGACGAACAAGCAAUUCUCUGAAAUGAUACAACCCAUUGAAGAAAGGAUGCGUAAUGUGGAGAACUAUGUCAAGUCUAUUAAACCCGAGCUGGUUGUACAAACCGAACCUAUUACCGAUCCUUAUGGUCCUUCUAUUGUCGAUGAAGCUUUGGAAGCUAUUGUUGUCAGUAAAGAGACGUUACCUGGUGGCUUGUCAGUUAACAGAAAGAGAGCAGAAAGAGGGCUCUCUCAACUUAAGAUCGAGGUUGUGGAAAUAGUAUCGGAUGGAUCUAGUGGAAACAAGAUAAGCUCGAGUACUCUGAGGAAGCUGGAAGCAGAGAAAGCCGCCAAGGAACAAAAACAACCUGCAGAAGAUGAAACAUCAUAA